GAUGAAUGUGAUCAUGUUGUGUGGAGUGCACUGUUAGCUGGUCUUUGCCACAAUGGUGACACCAAACAGGGCCUCGAUUUGUAUCUUAAAUUUGUCUCAGAAGGUGCAUGCUUGCUUAGCAAAGUCUGGAUUUGUGGUGGACUCAUUCAUCGGAAGUGCUCUCAUUGACAUGUAUUUUAUCUUUGGAAUGGUCACUGAUGCAUACAGAACUUUCCUUGACACCAUAGACAAGAAUGAGAUGAUAUUCAGUGCAAUGAUUCAUGGUUCCCUCUGCAACUCAGACCACAGAAGUGCUGUAGAAUUUAUAUCUCAGAUGAGGAAGCUAAAACUAGUGCCAGAUUAUUGCACAUUAAACUGCAUGCUCAGAGCCUAUUCUAGUCCAGAAAUGUUGGAAGAAGGCAGGGUAAUUCAUGGCCAAGUGAUAAAAUCCAUAGCAGAAUAUGAUCUAUUUACUGGGAAUACUCUUAUAGAGAUGUAUUCUAAAUGCAGAGCCAUUGAUGAAGCUGUUAAGGUUUUCAUGGUAAUCAACAUGUGCAAUGAGUUCUCGUGGACUGCACUGAUAACCGGAUACAUUGAAUCAGAGAGGUGUGAGGAAGCCUUGGUAAUGUUUCACAGGAUGCACUCUUUGGGGUCCGUCCAACCAAGCGAGUAUACUCUUGUUGCAGUUCUCCGGGCUACUGCAAAACUUCCAGAGUUUUGCAAAGGAAAACAGGUUCAUGGCUACAUUAUAAAACUGGGAUUCCAUUCUCAUGCCUACAUUGAAGCUGCACUCAUAAGCAUGUAUGCAAAGUGUGGUUGCAUGGAUGAAGCAUACCAAAUAUUUUCAAGCAUGUCACAAAGGGAUCCUGUGUCAUGGAGCACCAUGAUGGCAGCGUAUGUCCAGCAUGGGCAUUGCGAAAAAGUGCUGAAGCUCUUCUUGGAACAUCAAGAUGGGUUUAUCACUGUUGAUGAGUUCAUCGUGUCCAGCUGCCUCUCAGCUUGUUCUAGCUUGACAGCAGUGGAGAUGGGCAGAUGUCUCCAUGUCAUUAGUAUCAAAACUGGAUUGGAGUCCAAUUUGCAUGUUGUGGGUGCCAUUGUUGACAUGUAUUGCAGAUGUGGAUUCAUCGAUGAUGGACAGAAAUUUUUUGAUAAGACAAAGGAACGCAAUGUAAAAUCUUAUACAGCACUGAUUUCUGGUUAUGCUCAUCAUGGUCUUGGUCAAGAAGCCCUUCACUUGUUCCAUGAGAUGCUGAGUGCUGGAGUGAAACCUGACGGUGUUACAUACGUUGGGGUUCUUUCAGCAUGUAGCCACUUUGGAUUGGUUAAGGAAGGAUGGCAUUAUUUUGAGUCUAUGUGGCAGGAUCAUAGGUUGGAGAGAACAAUUAACCACUAUGCAUGCAUGGUUGAUCUUCUUGGUAGAGAAGGAAGUGUGAAGGAAGCUGAGGAGUUGAUAAAAAUGGCACCAUUUAAAUCAAAGACCUUGUUGUGGAGAACGCUGCUGGGUGCUUGCAGCAAGCAUGGAAAUAUUGAGGUUGGGAACAGGAUUGCUGAAAAGCUCAUUGAAUUAGAACCGGACGAACAUUCAACUUAUGUAUUGUUAUCAAAUAUUUAUGCAUCAGCCUCCAUGUGGGAUCGUUCAAUUGAGCUGCAAAACAAAAUUAAAGAGGGAGGUAUGAAAAAAUCACCUGGACAUAGUUGGAUAGAAGUGGCAAAACGAUUACCUAGUCAAUUUUUUACCGCCAUGUAGCCAUGUUUGCAAUUCAUGUUGAUAAUAAUUAUUAGCCCAAUUCAAUUUUCUGGGUGUACCUUAAGCCUGUGCUUGAUUACU